UAACCAUCUACCCAACACAACAUUGCAUACAAUAUGGCCUCCAUAUCCCCGUAUACGUCGCCUGACCCGGAAGAUGGCUCUAUACUACCAGGGCACGAGCGGACCGCCAGUGUCUCGGAAUUAUCCCGCUCCGGGAGCAUGAGCAUGACCGAUAAUCCUCAUAGAAGGUCAAUCCAGUUCAACAUCGAACAGGUCGAGUCGCCUCCUUCGCGCCCUAGUAGCACAACGGGCCAGAAGAAUCUUCAGUCUGAGGUCCAUGGAAGGGAUCAGAAGGUUCAUGGGCGAGGUUACUCCCCUCCACCGCCCCAAACGUACGAGCGUGGGGUUUCCUUCGAUACCUUCGAUAACCCGGAUACCCCGGAUUUCUCACUCACUCUCAACUAUAAACAUAAAGGCUAUCAGCUUAGCCGACGAAGCCGCACAUUCCUUUGUGGCACCGACCUGAACGAUUACUCCGAGUUUGCUCUUGAAUGGCUUAUUGACGAACUGGUGGAUGACGGCGAUGAAAUUGUCUGUCUGCGGGUAGUCGAAAAAGACUCUAGUAUCGCGAGUGAUGCAGCGGUCGAGGCUGGGAAGUAUCGUCAGGAGGCUGAGAGACUUUUCGACCAGGUCAUUCAGAAAAACAGCCAGAAUGAAAAAGCCAUAAGUCUGGUGUUGGAAUUGGCCGUUGGCAAGGUUCAUGAUAUCAUACAACGCAUGAUAAAAAUCUAUGAACCCGCCGUCCUAGUUGUCGGCACUAGGGGCAAGAGCCUCAACGGAGUCCAGGCUUUGCUUCCUGGGUCUGUUUCUAAGUGGUGUUUGCAAACAUCUCCGAUUCCUGUUAUAGUGGCGCGUCCUCCGACGAAGAGGGAGAAAAAGAAGAAAAAACGACUUGCCGAUCCCACCAGGCGCAGCUACAAUCACAUUUUGGAAAUGAGCGAACAACGGGGAAGCCAUAUAUUCUCUGCCCCGUCGAGCCGAAAUAGCAGCGUUUCGAAGUUGCCAGAUGAAGAAGCUGCAGUAGCAGCAGCUCUCGGUCUCCCUCAGGCUUAUACUACUUCACGCUCUUCACUUUCUACGUCUGAGAGAAGCAGCGUCAGCCAUGAUGGACCACUUACACCGGUGCCUGAUUCUCUCGAAGCCAUUAACAACACACUCGCGUCAGAUCUCUCCAUAGCAUCUGACGAUACGAAAAGCAACGGAAAUAUCAAUAAGUCGCCGAACGAGAUAUCAUCCCCUGCUAGUGAUACCCCGUCGCCGGUGGAGGGGUCAAACAAUUCCACACCAGAACCCACCAAUUCAGAGGUCAACAUCCCAGUUAUAGUGACGGACGGUGUCACAAGUGACACUAAGACUAAGCGAAGGUCGGUCUAG